AUGUUCGAUACUUCAAAUAGGGAACAGUUUCAUGAAAGUUUCAUGCAUUACAGCAAUUUCAAAUCUACAACAGUUGGUGAGUUCAAUGUCCACUUGAUCCAUGCGGGACAAACAUUCUUCUUAAGUAUUGCUAAACUAACUAACCCUACCACUCAGCCAUUCUUCAUUUUAUUUGAAUGGGGCGUCAGGAGCAUUACUCUCGUCAUGGAUAUGAGUAAUGAUGACACAUACGACUUGGGCGGUGCAUUUAGACAAGGUUUUCUGUGCCCAUUUUGUAUGCAAGAUUUGGGUGACUUAACCACUUUACAUGCUCAUGUUAAAAAAUACCAUCCAAAAUCGACACCCGCCGACUAUCCUCUUGACCAUAUUAAAGGUAUCUUCGACAAAGCGAAACAAAAGAUUUCACACAUAGAUGCAUCCUUUUUAAUUACAAGCUCGGGUAAUGGGGGAGCAGCGAUAGCUUCAAGAAGUGUAUGCAAUACGGCUAGUGAUUGCGUCGAAGAACCUCAUUCAGCACACACCUUUACUUUUUUGCAGGAUCUUGGAAUUACAAGAAAUCAUACGGAUUUUUAUUUGAAGUGUCGAUCUCCUUGUAUGAACGAUGCCGCUGUAAAAACAAAUAGUUUGAUUAUUAGACUUGAUAAAUUAAUUAACCAAUGUCCUUUUGAUCCAAGUAAGCGCAAAGCUUUUGAACGUGAAGUAGUAUCUUGGGUAACUGAUCGUGAUGUUAUGAAAUGUCGAACUUGUGCAAUGAAAUUUUCAUUGACUAGGCGACGGCAUCACUGUCGACUAUGUGGCGAAAUUAUGUGUCAUGCAUGCUCAAAAUUCCUUUCUUUCGCCGAUGCUCGCAAAUUAACGAAUCCAGCAUUUGCUGCACAGUUGCUGGAAGAAAUAAAUAACUCAGAGACGAAUAUUCCGGAAGAGCAAUUAAGUCGUUUGUCACGUUCGAUGUCCGUUGCUGAAGUUAUUAAGCAAGCCGUAUCCAGUGAAUCGUUGCAGUCAGUGCGAUUAAAAAGCGAAAAAUUAUUUUCCUCAACUUUAUCAUUGGUGAAGCGGGAUGGUACCGAAAUCAGUUUAUCGUCGUUGCUUCAGCAGGAUGAAAAUGAACACUUGAGAAUUUGUGCGGAAUGUAAGAUUUUGCUGGAUGUUCGCAAUGAAAAAAUGGAGAUGCUUACUUCGCCACCAAUGCUUGUGGUACUGUAUGAGCGCCUUUGUUCUCUUUUUCGUGAUGCUCAGAAGCUAGCUUCCUCCUAUGCACGUAUUUCAGAAUCGCUAAGACGAGGAGAGACUAUGUAUACAUUGCAUUCUGCUGUUCAAUUGAGAAGUCGAUUGACACAACUGCAGAAAGAAAUUGAUUCUGUAAGUUCUCGUGUUGAGACACAUCCUGCAACUGAAGGAAAUACCUCGGAGCGUUGUAUACCACGGGAGCAAAUCAUCCGAAAAAAUAUUCGAGAUUUUUCUUUGCAAGUAUUGCAGGGGUUAGUGAUGCAAAUGAAUCUUCAUCCAAGUGAAGAUCGCUACAAUGAAUUGCAAGAAAAAAGACGUGCUGAUAUCAAACAUCGAAUAGAAAUGGAACGAAAGAGAAAUGUGUUCAUUUUGAAGCCAUCAACUUCAAAUCCUGGAUUUGGUUCACAUUUAAACGAAACAGAAAUGGUUCAGCAAAAUUCUAACAAUUGCUUGAAGGAAUCUGUUUCCUUUUCUGGUGUUGUUAGUGAUUGUGGAGAUUAUGGCUGGACUCCAUCUAGGGUGUUACUUCACACUAAUCCAUUUAUUGAAGAGGAAGAUAAAGCUGAUCCAUUGCAGGAACAAGUCUUGAUCAUCAAGGGAUACUUAAAACAAGCUGUGGAGGAUAGACGAUUGGAAGAAGUUGAAAUAUUGGAGCGAAACUUAUACGACCUUGAACAUGAAAUUAAGAAGCUGAACAAAAAUACUUCUUCAGUGCAGUAA